ACGCCCAAUAGUUUAAACAUAAACCCUAUUGAAUACUUCUCUCUCUCCCUCGAUAUCUCUCUAACCCAACCACCUGUGAGUUCCUCACCGCCAAGCACCGACAAUCGCUGCACCUUCUCGCACAGUCGCCGCUACCUAUCCCCUCGUCUGCAGAUUCAGAAUCAGUAUGAAGGUGCGUUCAUCGGUGAAGAAAAUGUGCGAAUUUUGUAGAACAGUCAAACGUCGGGGACGUGUCUAUGUGCUUUGCACAGCCAAUCCUAAGCACAAGCAACGACAAGGCGUUUCGACCUUUGCUUACCAAGGUCCGUUGCCUCCUAUGUCCUUAGGAACAAGUUACAAGCAGGAAAUGAGCUUCGGUCAAGGCUUGCAGGCAGGUCUGGCAUCUCUGGUACAGAAGAAACCUGAGCCCUCGAUGACCCCUGGAUGGAGGACGGGCUUGGCGUCUCUCCUGUUCAAAAGGAGCAAUUAGCAUCUGAAUAUCAAAUGGAAAAUUUGUGAACUGCUAAAUUUAUAGAAGUACACCUGUUUUUGUACCUCAUCUCAUUCUUAUAUUUAUGAUGUUCCUUCAGAUUUAAUGGAUUUAACCAACACCCUUCUAUUAACCAUUCUCCUUGUUAGGGGAAAAUAAAAAAAAAUUGGUUGAGCUAAUACACAAGCAUAUCAAAAUCUGGAGCUUGUACGAGCUUUUUAAAGUAGACUGUUGUCCAUUUUGUGAAACAAAGAAGUUGAGGUAGACUAGCUGCAUCACAUUGAGAAUUGACAAUAAUAUCUCUAGAUUUUGAAAA